UUAUUACUCUAUAAUAUAUUUCUACGAAUUUCGCCUCGCACUCCAGCCACUGGAUUCACAUGCGAACACCGUUCGAGCACAAGGAUCAUACCGACUGCUGAACGUGACAGUUGCUGUUGUAUACAACGUGUAAAAAUAUUAUGUGAUCACUGAUGAAUGAUAACGUUUGAACAUUUACAAAAAGAAAGGGUGGUCAGUAUUCCCUUCGACGGUCGACCGUUGUUUACCUAUUUUGUAUACUAAUUAUAUAAUAUAUCAAACGAACGCCCAGAUGCCGGGCAGUGACGUGAUUUUUCAGGUCCACGUUAGCGUCAAGGGAGUGUCAUAUUGGGACUACACUUGAGUAGGUCACAGUGCGGUUUUAUCCACGUUCUUUUGGAAAGUUAGACGUGUUCAUUUUGGUAUCGCCGUGUUUUUCCGUUGAGACACUAUACGUCAAUCCGUCUUUCGGUUGGCUAAUUUUCAAUAUGCAGAAUAACAUGGAUCAAAGUAAUGUAGACCGAACACCAAGUGGUGGUAUUCANGACGACUUACUUAAUAUUGAUGGUGAACUAAUGAGAAGACGAGUAUAUGCAGAGAAUAUAUGGGCUGAGCCAUUACCCGAUUUAAGAAGUCAAUUCAGAGAUUGUAGUUUAACUUUUUAUAGAGAAAAUCCAACACAUACGUUAAGAUUACGUGCAUUUGUCCUAAGAGAAGUAAAUGUUUUAAGAACUCUUAUUUCACUUGAUAUGACGCAUAGACCUCCCUUUGUAAGUACUAAUGAUGAAGUUUUUACAUCAUUUAUAAUGCGUUUAAUCGUAUUGUAUGAUAUAACAAACACGCGUUUGAUAACCAUACUAACUCCUUGUAUUGGAAACUUCGCCGAGCAUUUCUUCCACGAGUUAUAUAACUUUGCAAGUAGUCCAUAUAGAUUGGUUGACUAUGAUCUUAAUGUAUGUUACGCUCAUGGUAGAUAUUUCUCUCAAUAUUCCAUGCUGUAUUCCGAGUACUCUGAAUUAAAUUAUGAAGAUAUAGUUGAGCAACCAAUAUCUUUUACAUCACCAGAUCAUAGGGAUGAACCGAAUGUAGUGAAUACGGAUGGCGAAGAUAAUGAAAAUUCUCCUUUUAUUGUUAUGUCGCCGUCACAUACACUUGUUCCGUCAGAAGUUAUUGAAAUUAAUUCUGCUUCUGGGGAAGAUGAUGUUCAAAUUAUAAACAUUGAUAUUGAACCUUCUGCAGAAACAGAAAGGGAUCAGCCGUUCCAGCCCAAUCAUCAACCAAACUGUCCAAGUAUGACACGGCCGAAUGAGAGUCAAAUAAAUACUGUAGAGAACAUCAUUAAAGAUAGUUUGUCAGACGAUGAGGCAAUCGAAAUUAAUACUUGUGGUACGUAAACUACAGGUACGAAACCAGAAGUUGUUAUGAAUAAAAGGAAAAGAAAAAUCGAAAAACACAAGCUUGAGAAAAGAAAAAAAUAUGGUGUUGAAUUUCGAAGUGAGGUUCGACUUGGCAGCAGAACUCGAUCAAGCUCAGAGUCUUCAUUUUUAGGCAAUACCGAUGUAAACUAAAUUAAAUUAAUAUUUCCAAUGUUCAUUCGUAGAAAAAAAAAAAAAAAAUUAUAUUGCAUACAUUUAUUUUGAUGUCGUUUAGUUUAGAC